AAAUAAUAACAAAACAAACAAUUGAAAAUUACUGAUGAUACUGUCAAAAUGUGUCUUUUACCAUACACAAAAUAUAUUAUGCAAAAUGAAAAAACAGUUCUGUGUGGAAAUCAAGUUUACGUCCAUCAACGAAUAACUGAUGCAAGCGAUUUAAAACAUUAUUACAAUUUUGGUCAAAAGUUAGGCAACGGAUGUUUUGGAAUUGUCGUUCAAGCACAAGAAAAAUUAACUGAGAAAAAAUGGGCAAUAAAAAUAAUACUGAAAUCCAAGGCGAAUGAAACUUUAGGUGGUGAAAGUUUUCGAUCUAUUGAACGAGAAAUAAUUAUUUUAAAAAUGGUAAAUCAUCCUCAUAUAAUACACCUUGAAAAAGUAUUUGAAUCACCAAAAAAAAUUUAUCUUAUACUCGAAUUGUGUCGUGAAGAAUUAGCAACAGCAUUUAAAAAGAAGAAAAGGUUUACAGAAGACGAAACCAGAUAUGUACUUAAACAACUUGUUUCGGCUGGUCCAACAUAA